UGACACUUGACACAUGAACGUAAAAAUGGAUUUUAAAAUCAAAGAGGAGCCAGAAAUAAAAUACGAAACCUCAAUAAAAACCGAGGUUCCAGAUCCAGACAGUGAAUUUUGUGAACAGAAUAAUAUUAACACUGUUGAGUUUAAUGAGAAAAUAAAUUUAGAUCACAAAUCUGAAAUUGUAGAGAAAAUAAAUUGUGUUAAGGAGGAAAACGAUGAAUUUGAAGAAGAAUUACAUGAAUUAGAAGAUAUUCGUAUAAAAUCUGAAAAUUAUAUAGAAAACUCUGGUUUAGAUAAAAAUAAAUGUGUAAGCGAAGUUUGUAAAGAAUCAAUUUUUCAACAUUCUACAUUACAGCAACAGGUAAAAAAGAAUACUGGUAAAAAAACUUCCAAAUCAUUUUCUCAUCUACGACCUUUAGUUUUGCACGUAUCAGUAAAGAACUACAAGUGUGAUAUUUGCGAAAAAUCAUUUUCUCAAAGAAAACAUCUAAAGAGACAUUUAUUUUUGCACACUGGAGUAAAGGACCACAAGUGUGAUACCUGCGGAAAAUCAUUUGCUCUAAAAAGUACUCUAAACAAUCAUUUACUUUUACACACCGAAAUAAAGAACAAGUGUGAUACCUGCGGAAAAUCAUUUGUGCUAAAAAGUGCUCUAAAACAUCAUUUACUUUUGCACAGUGGAGUAAAGGACCACAAGUGUGAUACCUGUGGAAAAUCAUUUGCUCUAAAACGUAUUCUAAACAAACAUUUACUUUUGCACACUGGAGUAAAGAACUACAAGUGUGCUAUCUGCAAGAAAUCAUUUUAUUGUAAAAGUGAACUAAACAGACAUUUAUUUUCGCACAGUGGAGUAAAAAACUAUACAUGUGAUAUUUGUGGAAAAUCAUUUGUUCAUAAAGAUUAUCUAAACAAACAUUCGUUUUUACAUACUGGGGCAAAGAAUUACAAGUGUGAUAUCUGCGAAAAAUCAUUUGCUCGAAAAGGUCACCUAAAAACUCAUUCAAUUUUACAUACUGGAGUAAAGAAGUACAAGUGUGAUAUCUGCAAAAAAUCAUUUUCAAGCAAAAGUUAUCUAAACAGACAUUUAAUUUUACACACUGGAGUGAAGGACCAUAUGUGUAAUAUUUGCAAAAAAUCAUUUGCUCAAAAAGAUCAUCUAAAUACACAUUUACUUUUUCACACUGGAGUAAAGAAAUACAAGUGUGAUACUUGUGGAAAAUCAUUUACUCAAAAAUGUAAUCUACAUAAACAUCUACUUUUUCACACUGAAUUAAAAAGACAUACAGUUUUUUUACACAAUCAAGAAAAUAACUACAAUUGUGAUAUUUGUAAAAAAUCUUUUUCCGAAAUACUUAAAUUAAAGCAACAUGUAAAAGUGCAUCAUGGCAACAAAGAUGUUAAAAUUGACAAAAAACGAGAAAUAACAUGCGAAAAUGGAAUAAAAAUUGAGGUUUUGAGCCAUGAACCUCAUGAAAAGAAUAAUGUUGACUCUAAUGAAGAUACAAAUUUAGAUCACAAGUCUGAAAUUGUAGAAAAUCUCAAUUAUGUUAAGGAAGAAAUUGAUGAAUUUGAAGAAGAACUACAUGAGAUAGGAAUUACUAAUAUAAAAUGAACAUGAUUUGAAAGAUACUUGGAUAAAUAAUAAUAAAGUUACAAUUGGUUUAGAUCAGCAGGUCCCAAAAUUGUAUGGCCAUGAAACCCUUAGGCAAUUACUUUUAUUUAAUGUAAAUCCUAACCAUUUAUACUAUUUUAUGUUUAGAUUUACUUAAAGUUACCAUAUUUUGAAAAGUAGAAAAUAGGACAAAUUGAUACCAUAGAGGAAAUAAAAACUGAACAUUCAUCAACAUUAAAAAUAUACUAACAAAGAAACAUGAAUGCAAAAUAUUAUUUAUUAAAUAAUAAAAUUAAAUAACUAAUAAAUUAGUUGGUUAUAAUUUAAAUGUGUUACAAAAAAAAUGCCUUUUUGAUGUACCUACUGGAUACAAAAUUAUGUUGUCACAUCACAUUUGUAGGCGGCUUAAAUGAAAUGUCUAGCUUAUUUUUUUAAAUUGUUCUGCGAUACUCACUUUGGAAACCACUGGUUUAAACACUGAUAUCCUUCUAAGGAACUCUAGGGUUCUGGGAUACUCACUUUGGAAACAACUGGUUUAGAUGAAAUAAUUGUCAAACUCAUGGCAGACAUAACAAUUUGUUAAAAAAACAGGUUGGAUAAUGUUUAUCACCUUACCACUUUACUUACUUUAGUUCGAAGUCACAAAAUGAAUUUAUAGAUCUAUUAGGAAAAUAAAUAAAAUAGUUGUUAAUGAAAUAAACAAUUCUUAAUUUUUUACAAUAACGGAGUACCCCAAGAAAGAUUGCUUUGUGUUGUGAGGAGUCUUUGACAAAACUGGGGCUGGAACAGCCCAACAAAUAUGAGGUCCGAAAUAGAUACCAUACUGAUGUGACUAAGUUAGCCUUCCAGUCAUACAACUUUGCUUCAUGUCCAGAAAAUUAAACGAAACUCAAAAGAAAAUUUCAGAUUUACUGGACCGAGAAAUUCUAUAUGGUCCCUGCCAAGCACACUAAUACCACAAUUGAGCAUUGUUCUAUGGCUUGUAAGUUAGUAACAGACAUGUUUAAUAUUUUAGAAGAACUUUACGUUUUCUUUAAUUCAAGUACAAAGGGGUUCCAAACGCCGAGAGCUAGUUUACAUCAGAAAAUUUCCAUCUUAAAAAAAUAUUUCCAAAAUUAAUCGAAAUGCUUCAGAAACUUUAAAUGCAGUAAACAUUUCAAUGGAAAUUAUUUUAAAUAUUUCUACAAAUAUCAAUGUCGACAGUAGUACUAAAGGAAAAGCAUAUGGACUGUUUAAAUGUAUUUUAAAUUUUGGUUAUUUUAUCUGCCGUUUAUCUUUUUUUUAUUUAUUUGAAGAUAAAGUUUUUUACCGAAAUUCUAGAAUCCAACAAGCUAAAUGGACGAUCUAAACAGGCUGCUUUCAAAGUCAAUAGAUGACAAAGAAAUCGCAAUAGCCACUUUCUUAGAUAUUGAAGGAGCUUUCAACAAUGCCUCAACCAGGUCAAUAACCAAGGCUCUAGAAGGGAGAAACGCCCCAGUAACAAUAUGCCAAUGGAUCACUGCCUGUCUAGAAAACAGGAUUAUUUCAUCCACUCUAGGAAAGGCAACCAUACAGGCAAAAGUUACACGGGGCUGCCCACAAGGAGGAAUACUAUCUCCAAUGCUGUGGUCAGUUCUUGUGGACGACUUACUCAAAAUAUUGUCCAAAGAAGGCUACCAUGUGCCUAGGAUACGCAGACGACCUAGCAAUUAUCGUCAGGGGGCGAUUUGCAGGUACAGUUUCGGAGCGAUCUCAAACAGCUCUAAACAUAGUGAACAACUGGUGCAAAAAGGAACAAUUGUCCAUCAACAUCAACGCACAAAAAACAACAGUUGUACCAUUCACAAAAAAACGGGUACUUACAGGUCUAAGACCACUAGUACUAAACAGCACAGUUAUCCCAUUCGUCACAGAAGCCAAAUACCUCGGAGUCAUAUUUGACCAAAGGCUGACGUGGAAUCAACAUCUCAAAAAACUCAC